CGGAUCCCAUGUUCGAGCUCUGAAAACUUUUCUAACAAGAGAGAGAGAGAGAAUUUUCAUUUUCAUUUUGUUUCUGUUUUUGUUUUUUGUUUUUGUUGUUGUCGGUGAAGAUGCUAGGAGUUUUCAGUGGCUCGAUCGUGUCGCCGCCGGAGGAGCUGGUGGCUGCUGGUUGCCGGACUCCGUCGCCGAAGAUAACGUCGGGGGCGCUGGUGAAACGGUUCGUGGAGACCAAUGCAUCCACGGUGUCCGUGCAAGCCGGAGACCACGUGCAAUUGGCCUACACUCACCACAACCAGUCUCCUUUGCUCCCCAGGUCGUUUGCAGUGAAGGAUGAGAUAUUCUGCUUGUUUGAGGGAGCCCUAGACAACUUGGGAAGUUUGAGGCAGCAAUAUGGGCUCGCAAAAUCUGCAAAUGAGGUGGUUUUGGUCAUUGAGGCUUACAAGGCACUCCGUGACCGUGCACCUUACCCUGCCAACCAUGUUGUUGGCCACCUUAGUGGGAAUUUUGCUUUCAUAGUCUUUGACAAGUCUACCUCUAACUUGUUUGUUGCUUCUGACCAAGAUGGUAAGGUUCCUCUGUAUUGGGGAAUCACUGCUGAUGGAUAUGUAGCCUUCGCUGAUGAUGCAGAUUUGCUCAAAGGUGCUUGUGGCAAGUCACUUGCUUCUUUUCCUCAAGGAUGUUUCUUCUCAACAGCAAUAGGAGGACUAAUGAGCUAUGAGAAUCCUAAGAACAAGAUCACUGCAGUUCCUGCUACUGAUGAAGAGAUCUGGGGUGCAACAUUCAAGGUGGAAGGGCCAGCAGUUUUUGCAGCCACAGAGUAGAGAUUUUACUUCACUGGUGGACACUAGACAAACAAAAUGUAUAUCUAUUUGGGAGAGAAGGGUUUUUUAUAUGGCUAGGUGCGCAUGAGGGGCCAUGUAAAUACCUGAGUAUGUGAUAAGUGAUAAGUCGUUAGUAGAGUGGGGAUUUGUGGCAGAAAUGGCUUUGUUUUUAUGGGUAGUUUGUCUUUCUAUAUUAGCAUUUGCUCUAGCUUUCGAAUGUAUAGUUGUCUUUUCUCGUCUUAUAAUGCAGUCUGUAAAAGGAUUUGAAAUCUACCAAUUAGUCAUCAGUCUCUUUGACUUA